CUCGGUGUGUCGAAGUAUUUCAGGUUUUUUUAUUCCUUUGCUUCUUCUUCUUUUUACCAGAUCAAGUCCUCUUAAUUCCUCGUCAAAAAGCUACUCCUUUUCGAAUUAUUAACCCAUCGUUAUAAUGAAGACUACCUCAUUCCUCCUUGCCGCCUCAAUGGCUGGCGCUGUGGUUGCGCAGAAGCUGUCGGAUUACUUUCCGGAAUGCUCUCUGAACUGUCUUGAGCAGGGAACCACUUCUGCUACUGACUGCACUCUGGGUGAUGCAGUCUGCUUCUGCGUGCAGAGCAACUACGAGGCCAUCUACAACGCAGAACUUUCCUGCGUGCUCAAGGACUGCGGUGCCGAUGUCUCUGUCGACAAAGUCCUCCCUGCUGCAAUUCAGUUUUGCUCUGCCGCCACUGCGUCUGCUUCUGCCACUGCUGCUGCACCGGCUGAGUCUACAUCAGCCACCUCCGCGGCCACGACUGAGACGACAUCACAAGCAGCUUCUUCUUCUUCGUCUUCUUCUUCUUCUUCUUCCGAAGCAUCUGAGACUUCCGCUCCGCAAACGACAUCUUCUGCUGCUCGCUCAACUUCGGCUCCUCAAACCACUGCUACAAGCUCGACUCCGGUCGCAUCUGGACGUCCUGUAACGACUGCCAGCACCACAACUUCGUUUAGCACCGCUGCCGCUGCUGCUGCUGGACCAAUGGUGACUGCUGCCAUGCUCAUUGCCGGCGCCGUUGCCAUGUUGUAAUGGCAUUACAAAUGUGAACCAGACUCCCUACUGUUGUUUCUGGCAUGACAAUAUGGGUUCGAAUGGAUGGAGAUGUUAAUAUCGAUGCUCACGAUGUGGAUAGAGACGAAA